AUGUCUCCAAACACGUCUGGAAAGAGAGACGCAGCGGACACGCCGUCCCGGUCAAAGGGGCGCAAGCGCUCCGCCAGUUCCGGGAGUCAGGAUGAAGUAAGCUUUCCCAAGGCAGCCAGUCUUCAGGGGGCCGGCAGAUCGAAACGACGCCGCUUAAGCGAUGAGGACCGGUCCGCUUCCACUUGGGGGACGCCGCCGAGUUACCAGCACCCUCUUUACGUGACACCUAUGUCCUAUGUCCCCAGUGGCCCUACUUGCACGAGCCAUAAUGUGCCGUCCACCAGUCCGCUUAUUGAUCUCAGUAACGCGGCCCGGAUGUACCAACAAGGUAUCCGGGAGGUUUCCAAUGCCCUGGACAUUGUGGCCGCUGCCCCGAAGGAGUCUGUACAGCAUGACGAUCCCUUCUCGUCGCCUAUGCCAGUAGACUGCAGCUCUCCGCAAAAGGCGUCGUCCAAUUAUGCGCCGUCCUCUAUGGUGUUGGACAAAAGACAUGCCUCUAGCGAUGCGGCGCUGGUCGAGUCUUCAGAUGGCGAAAGGCCCCCAAACCCGGGUCAGGGAGAGUCUUCAGAUGGAGAACAGCCCCCAAACCCGGGUCAAGGCGAAAAUGUGCAGCCGCCGUCGCCGGAUGUUCCGCAUAUUGACGUCCAGCCGCAAAGGAAUGCGGCCAACAAAAGGCCCGUGUUCCCUGGCCAUUCAGCACCUUUGCUAUCAUUGAGCCAGAUGUUCCAGCCGUCUAGCGACGAAGAACGCGAGUGA